GAAUAACUUAUUAUCACCCUUAUUAUAAAAAUAUCCAAGGACAAGUAGUAGACGGCGAAGAAUUUAUUCAAGAAAACGAAGGAACGGGCUUGAGAAAUUUCGGCUAUUCUCGCCUGGCUAUUACUACUAAAUCUAGUCAAUAUUUCGAAAAAGAAGUCAAUUUAACUGGACGAGCCUUUUCCUCUUUCUAUUACUUAAUUUCUCUUAUUCAAAAGUUAAGUAGUCAAGACAAGACAAAGAUUGAAAUUACUUCGACUUACCUUCCUGCUAAAAAAAAGAAAAAACCUCUUAUUGCCAUUAGUGAAAAUUUUAUUAGAGGCAAAAAAGGUCCAAUUUACUAUUUAAACCCUCCUUUUUAUCGUUCUGAUCUGACUAGGGCUGAGGACCUAAUAGAGGAGAUACUACGAAUUUACGAUUACAAUAAAAUACCGAGUUCUCUACCGACUUGGCAAAAAGUAAAUAUUAAAAUUAUCAGUUAUUCUCUGAUUUCCGAAAAAGAAAAGGAAGAUUUUCUUCCGCCCGCCCAGGACUUUUAUCAAUUUUUGUUUCCUAAAA